CUAAGAAAACGGAAAAAAAAAACAAAACAAAAACAAAAUGAUGCUACUAUUUAAACCGUCUAUAACCCUAGGGAAAAAGUCAAAACCACGUCCAUACCAAAUCUUCUCUGAGUCUCUUUUAAUGGAUAGUAUUGAAGCAGCUGAAUCUCUCACCCGAAAAUGGAUUUCUCCGGAUCAAUCUCGUUCAUCUUCUUGCUCCCUCUCUUCCAUUUUCUCCACAGAUAAUCGCGCCGAAGGAAGAAGAUUUAUCGAAGUCAUCAACAGCUUACAAUACGCGAUUCAAGGAGUGGUCUUGGUGAAUCCUGACUCACCAAAACUCACUCGAGCGCAUAAUCUUGUAACUAUCGCUAUGAAACAGUUGGAAAAAGAGUUUUACCGUGUUUUAAAAUCGAACCGACGAAAUCUUGAUCAUGAAUCCGUCUCCGUUCGAUCUUCCCCAUCUUUCAACCCGAGGAAAAAAGUUUCUAUUUAUUCUCAAGUUCCUAAAUCCGAAGAAGCUGAUGUUAUGACGGAUUUGAAAAUGAUCGCUGAUUGUAUGAUAUCAUCCGGUUACGAAAACGAAUGUGUCAAGAUUUACAAGAAAAUAAGAAGAUCAAUCAUGGUCGAAGCGUUGAGAAACUUAGGGUUUGAGAAUCUUAGUUUUGGCAAGAUUCAGAAAUUGGAUUGGGAUAGUAUGGAGAGGAACAUCAAGAAGUGGUUAGAAGCUACGAAAGUUGUCAUAACAAAUCUCUUCGAUGGUGAACGUAUCCUAUGUGAUCACGUGUUCUCGCCAUCUGUCUCCGUUGCGGAGUCUUGCUUCACGGAGAUUACGUUAGAUAACGCUUUAACACUCUUUGUCUUCCCCGUGAGUGUUGCAAGAUGUAAAAAAACCGUAGAGAAGAUCUUCUUGACUCUCGACGUUUACCAAACGAUCUCGCAGCUUCUUCCUCAAAUCGAAGAGAUUUUUAGUUAUAAUUCGACUUCUUCGGUCCGCUUACAAGCUGCUGAUUCUCUCAACAAUCUUGGUGAGGCGAUUAACUCAAUGGUUGCCGAAUUCGAAGCUUCCAUUACAAAAGAAGCUUCGAAAUCGCUAAUCCCUGGAGGUGGAGUUCAUCAGCUCACAAGGUACGUCAUGAAUUUUAUAGUCUUCCUUGCCGAUUAUAAUGAGUGUCUUGCUGGAGUUCUCACUGAAUCGACGUUGCCAUUACCGGAAGAUUACUUCGGGAACAAUGAUGAAGACAACAAAGAAGGAGGAGAAACCGGAACUUCGUCUUCUUCUGCUCCGGUAACGACAAGAUUCGCGUGGCUAAUCCUCGUCCUGCUUUGUAAAAUCGACACAAAAUCUCGAAUCUACAAUGAUAUGGCUCUAUCGUACCUCUUCUUAGCCAACAAUCUUGAUUACGUGGUCUCCAAGGUACGUACAUCGAAUCUGAGAGUCGUUUUGGGAGAUGAAUGGGUGACCAAUCACGAAGGUAAAGUUACGCAAUACCUAGAAAAAUACGAGAAAAUAGCUUGGGGAGAAGUGAUUACGUCACUUUCCGAUCGUGACGAGGAGAUGCUCGAAGAACAUGUGGCCAAAGAGCGGUUGAUGCGAUUCAACGAGGCGUUUGAGGAAACGUUUCAGAAGCAGAGCGAGUGGGUUGUACCUGAUUCGAAAUUGAGAGACGAUUUAAAAGGUUCCUUGACGAAGAAGUUAACUACGGUUGCGACGUCGUUUUAUGGAAAGUACCAGGUGGAGAAUUGGGAGGACAUUGUCAGAUUUUCCCCUGAAGAUUUAGGUUACUACCUUUCUGACCUUUUCUUAGGUACGGGACGAUCGUGUAUCAUCGUUCCUUCCCUUAAACCUUCGGACUCAGGACGUUCGCUUAACUCAGAAUCAGGACGUUGAAGUUGUAGUGGCAUUUGUGUCAGUAUGUACUUUGGAUCUUUUCAUGGAUCAGAGAUCGUUGGACAUCAGUCAUUGUUGGAUACGUUACGGCCGGUAAAGCCUAUGAUUGGUUGGUUUAGCAAGCGAGAGUGUUUAGUAUUCAGUACUGUAUGUGACAUGACCAAUAUUUGUAUAGCUCACAAAACGGCGCAGCCCAG